AUGACUUUUGCAUCCUGGAAUGUGCGGGGGUUGGCGGGAACUGGAAAAUUGAGUAUGGUUAAAAAUCUUAGGAAGAAGUUCAAUGUGCAUGUACUAGGCUUAAUAGAGACAAAGAAAGCGGUGGUGACUAAAUUUGAGGUAGUGCAGUUGUGGGGUAGUGAUGGAGUGGGUUGGGAGUUUGUGGAGGCCGAAGGUGCUUCUGGCGGCCUGUUAUUGAUGUGGGAUAACACGGUUUUUAAUUUAAGUUGCUGCUAUAAAGGAGCUAGGUGGAUUUGUGUGGAUGGAGUGCUGGUAAAGAAUAAUUUUUGGUGUGCGUUCUGCUUGGUUUAUGGUGAACAUGGUAGGGAGGAAAAGCUUGUAGUGUGGGAAGAGCUAAGCUUCUUGUCCGGUUUAUGUCAGGUACCGUUUUGUUUCAUGGGGGAUUUUAACGAAAUUGUUCAAGUGGAAGAACGACUGGGGGCCAUGUCUCUGCCAAGGUCUGCAGUAGAGUUUAAAUCUUGGAUUCAUGAUAUGGAGUUGGUGGAUCUAGUUUUGUCUGAUAGGCAGUUCACAUGGUUCCGGGGCCAAUCAUGUAGUCGUAUUGACAGGGUCUUGGUUAAUUUGGAAUGGUUGGAAGAAUUUUCUGAAACAAUGUUACGGGGGGGCCCAAGAGGACUGUCAGACCAUUGUCCGAUGAUCAUGAACGUAACUAAGUUAGGAGGGGAGUCGAGACCGUUUCGAAGCCUGGAUUCAUGGUUUACUCAUGAUGGAUUUUUGAGAAUGGUAAAGGAGGAAUGGAGGAGCAUCGGGGAGAUGCAGUUCAUGGAUAAACUAAAGGCUAUGACGAUUCCAAUGGGGAGAUGGCAUAAAGAGAAAUUUGGUGAUCUAGACAUGAGGAUUAGUAGGUUUGAGGAGGAGAUCAGGAAGGUAGAUGAUAUGGUGAGUCAUGGAGUAUAUGAUGGAACAAUGGAGGCGAGAAGGAAGGCGCUUGUGAGCUCUUGUAAGAAAUGGUAUAUUAGAAAGGAAAUCCAUUGGAAGCAGAUGUCACGAUCUAGGCAUGCUAAGAAGAUGGAUAAAAACACUAGAUACUUCCACAAUCUUGCAUCAGCUCGCAGGAGGAGCAAUCGGAUUGAAGCCUUAAGGAUACAAGGCAGAAUAGUAAGGAAUCAAGCACGGAUAAAGGUAGCUAUACGAGAUUUCUACAAAGAGUUGUAUCACCAGGAACAUUCACCUAAUAUUGGAAUCCGGGAUGGGCUGGUUAGGCGAAUAACUGGGGAGGAGGCAGCAGAGCUGGAAGUGAUGCCAAGUGCAGAAGAAAUAAAGGCUGCAGUAUGGGAUUGUGAGUCUUCAAAAGCUCCUGGGAGUGAUGGGUAUAAUAUGAAUUUCAUUAAGAAGUAUUGGGAGGGAAUUCACAGAAGCAGUGUUGGGAUUCUUCCAAUCAGCUGUACUACCUAG